CCAGCCUCGUCAGCUCAGGGGCGCGUGUCACAUCCGAAGCGGAGGGGACAGCUCCCAGGUGCUGAAAUUGGUCGGCGCUUCAGAGAGAGAGAGAGAGACACAGAGGGGCGAAGAAAACCAACGCCUGCAUUAGACACAAAUACAAAAACCGUAUUCUGCAAAACAGGGGCAGAUACCGAUAGAGCCGAGGCCUUCAAAACAGAUGGCUGCCACUCAGGAUGCGAAAGGGAAGGGAGAGGGAGGGGACCAAAACUUUGACUACAUGUUCAAGCUGCUGAUCAUCGGCAACAGCAGCGUGGGCAAAACGUCUUUCCUAUUCCGCUACGCCGACGAUGCCUUCACUUCGGCCUUCGUCAGCACAGUGGGCAUCGACUUCAAAGUAAAGACUGUGUACAAGAAUGACAAGAGGAUCAAGCUGCAGAUCUGGGACACGGCUGGCCAGGAGCGCUACAGGACCAUCACCACCGCCUACUACCGCGGGGCCAUGGGCUUCAUCCUAAUGUACGACAUCACCAACGAGGAGUCCUUCGGCGCUGUUCAGGACUGGUCAACCCAGAUAAAAACCUACUCGUGGGAUAAUGCACAGGUGGUGCUGGCUGGAAAUAAGUGUGAUAUGGAAGAGGAGAGAGUGGUCUCAGUGGACAGUGGCAGAAUGCUGGCAGAACAGUUGGGUUUUGAAUUCUUUGAGACCAGCGCUAAGGACAACGUCAACGUGAAGCAGACCUUUGAACGUCUCGUUGACCUAAUUUGCGACAAGAUGUCCGACAGCUUGGACACUGAUCCGGCCGUCACCACAGGAGCUCCCACUGCCAAACUCACAGACAGCGCUCCGCCGCUCCAGCAGUCUGGAUGCAACUGUUAGUGACUGAUGUCAGGAAUCAAAGAGAGGGCAGCGCAGGUCACGUAAGGUGGUAGAGUGUGCAGAGUGUUGUUCUCCCUUAUCACUCCUGCUAGUGCUGCUUCCUCUGGACUACAGCUCAAACCCUGUUUAGUAGUAGAAUUACAAAAUGGCGUCGUUUUAUCUCUCAACUUUAUCACCUUAUAACAAGAGCAAAUAACCAGACAAACAGACAUGGCUAUUGUAAAAUGUGUAAUAUUACAGGAUAUCUAGAGUAUAGAGACACAAUAUUCUCAUUCUUCUUCUAGUUAGUAUGGUCAUAAACCAAGUAUGUUUGAUAAGGCUGGAAAUAGUCCAUAGCCACGAUGUACAGUUAAUCCUUAAGACCUUUAAAGAUCUUUAAAGACCUAGAAUAAUUAUAAAAUGAGGGAUAGAGUCAGUGAGUGCUUUAAUUUUUAUUUUUUUGUACAGUAUGUAUUUUACUUUUAUAAAAUUAUUUUGUCUCCUAAAGCUGCCAAAUCUAUGAUUUAGUGCACUAUAGGACGUAGCGACUUUCUUUUGUGUAGUGAGUGUGUGACUGUUGUGUGACUGUACAGUAUGUGAGUGUGGGUUUGCAUGAGUGUGAGUAUUAUGUCUGACUCACAAAUGAGUGCAACUUUGUCAUCUAAAAAAUCAUCUACCUUGGAUUAAAAAAAGUGGCCUUUUAGCAUCUCCAACUCGGCCUCUGUAAGUUCCUGUCAUGCUUACUUUUGGAAUGAAUCUAGUAUGUUUAAUGUUGAUGUGAGUAGUAUUCCACGUUUUGCUGUCUGUAGAUGUGUGAUUUCCCUGAUAAGUAUAUCUUAAAAACAACUAUUCGUCUGUGUUUAGCCUCUAAGAUGACCCUUUAUAGUUUGAUGCGAUGAGCAUGCUGCCAAAAAUUCAAUCAUAUGUGCUGUUUUAUCUAGAGAUAGAACCCAAACAUCCUCAACUCCAUAUGAUAGCAAGGAUCCAGCAUUUCAUUAAAAACAGAUCUCACACUGGCAUGGCACCGUGCAGUGUAUGCUAAACAACAACUGAUCAGCUCUGGCAUGGAAUACACAGCCAUAUAUAUAAAAACAAUAUAUUGUUUAAUUCAGCAUGCUAAAAUGUCAUGUUUGUGCUAUAAAAUGUCCCUCCUGAAAGACACAUCUCAGUAAGCUGUUCAGUAAACAUCCUAGACUUACUGAAGGUACAUCUGAACGCAGUGGUCUUAAUGUCAACUUAAGUCCAUAUAGUACAAAAGUAGCUCAUUUAAAAUCCAGAAAGCCUUUCAGUUCUACAACUCAUAGAAAAAAAAACAUUUGUGCCAAAACCUUACAAUUACUUUAGCAUCGUCAGUUGUUUGUUGCAUAGUUGAAUAAAAACUCCAAAAAAUUGCAUGAAGCCAGUUCUGACUUAUCUAUGUAGAUUUAUAUAAUAAGAUAGUGUAUAUAUCACUCUGUGUUACAGAUUUAGAAGCAUUGUCAUAGCACUUGCUGUGACAUGCAAUGGGCCAAUAAGUGCAAUAUUUUAUGAAUGAAACCCUGUACAUAGUUUCUCCUGUCCUCAAGUACAAUGACUCUAUCUACGGUAUGUGAGUGACAGUUUGGUCAGAAUGGCUCAGAAACUGAUGUACAAUCUCUAAAAGAAAAGUGAGCGUGUGCUUCAUGGUAACUGCAGCCUGUGAAUGUGUGAUUUGGUGUGUGUGUGUGUGUGUGUGUGUGUGUGUGUGUGUAUGUGUGUGUGUGUGUGUACCUGCCAUAUUGAACAGACAAAUUACGUACUAUAGUGUAUUGUUUGUGUAUACCUUUUGUACAAAUGUAUUCACGUACUAUAUGCUGUUCCUGCUAACUGUUGGGUGUUGAUUGGUCUUGUAUUAUCAUGUCAAAAUGCGGUGUUAUUGUGAAAGAUAGUCAGGGAGAUAGUUUAGUCCAUGCCAUAUGCCAUACUGUUGUAAUUCCGAAAAAAAAAAGGGAUACACAUAAACAAGUUCGAAGCAUAUGUGUGUACACGUGCUCUGUGCGUGUGCAUCUGUGUAUGUCUGUGAUAUUAUAAUUUUAUGCUAGUAGCCAUGAAAUAAAUUAUUGUAUUGAUCUCCAGUCAAGAUUCAUUUCAUAGAGGAAUAGUUAUGUCACUCUGGUCAAAUCUCAUUUAAGAACCGUAUGACUUUACAUAUAACUGAAUAUAUUUGUUUUUCAGAGUGCAAGCAAAGUAAGAAGUAUGUUUUUGAGAUUAUAGGAAAUAAAUCAAAUUCUAUCAGUGGG